AUGGAUCCCCAACCUUAUGCACCUCAAUACACAAUACCAUCCAAACCCUCAGACGUUGAUCAAGACAUGAUCAAACCAACCUUUAAAGAAAUGUUAACCACUUCAAAUCCGAUGUUCUUCACAACUACUGACAACCAAUCCAACAUAAAUUUUCCAAGUAUUGGUUCAGAAGAACUCAUAGUAGAUCAUACAUCUUUAACACAUAAUCGAGGUAUCAAGUUCAUCUCACUCACUGAGGAGGAGAGGCAAAGAAUUUACGAGCCAUGGAAAAAUUCCAUCAUUGUGAAACUAGUGGGCAAAAGAAUGCUACAUCACUAUCUAAAGAAAAAAAUUCAAGAACUAUGGAGACCAACGGAAGAUUUUCAAUUAAUUGAUCUCGGAGAAGCCUACUACAUCAUAAAAUUCAAGAGGAAGGAAAAUAUGGAUAAAGCUAUACAACAAGGACCUUGGUUCAUCAACGGGCACUUCCUCUCCAUUACAAGAUGGAAGCCAAAUUUUGUUGCUACCAAAGAGAAAGUAACAAAUUCGGCAGUAUGGGUUAGACUUCCCCAAUUGCCUACUAAAUUUUACGAUGAAAAAAUUCUAGAAAAAAUUGGUAAUGCUAUUGGCCGGCUACUAAAAAUAGACGUUUGCACAUCAACCACCCUGAGAGGUCGUUAUGCAAGACUAUGUGUGGAACUCCCGUUGGAAAUCCCAGUCCAACCCUUUCUUUAUGCUGGACACCACAAACAAGUAAUCCACUAUGAAGGAGAAAAUUUCCUUUGUAAAAAUUAUGGACGACUGGGACCCAUAGCAAAACAAUGUACCUACAUUAUUCACACAAUAAAGGAAAAUGAAGAACCAAACAUGGAGCAACCAACAACUACAAAGGCUGAGGAGAUACAAGAAGAAUGGAAAACAGUUUCUUUUUCCAAAGGAAAGCAACAAGGUGCAAGAGGUAACCAAAAGCAUCUCAAUGCAAAUCCGAUCAAAAAAUCAAAUGGCCCACGUAUCUCAGUUAAAUUGUUCAAUACUAAUACUGGUAAGUACUUAGAUACACAACUCUUACAAUACAAAUCUAAAGAUCAUAAGAAUGCUUCUCCUUCAUUACAUACACAAAAUUCAGAAUCUACGGCCACUAUGAUUGGAGAUCACACCAACUUAGCAACAAAAAACAACUUUUCCCUUCUAACUGAAGAGCCAAUGAUUUUGGAAGAAACCACCAAGAGAGAAAAAAUCCAAAAAGAUAAUAUGAAAAAUUGCCAUGCAAUUGAACAAAUGUCCAUAAUUAACAAAGAUAUUGACAUGUUGGACACAAACGUGUCUUCUUCUAUUAGUCCUACUAAUCACAUUACCAAGGUGGCCAUGCAAGAUUAUCAUCUAAAUGACCAUACUACCUCUAUUAAUAAUUAUAAAGAAACUGUCAAAACUAACCCUACUAACAAGCAAAUUGGUAAUAAGCCAACGAUUACCCAAACCCUCAAGCAAAAUCUUUCAUCAAGAUCUGAUCAUCCCACCUCCCCUAAGCAUGCCAUCCAAAUGGCAAAGGGGAAAGAAAAAACUGGACAAGUGGCUGCCAACCUAGAGCAUGCAAAGGAUAUGAAAAAUCAGCCUAUAAAUCUCAAUCUUGGGGACUCAAACGACAUACAAAAAAGUAGUUUCAAUCAUUGCUCUAUCAACCAAUCCCUCCCAUAUAUCCCAUAG